CAGAACAAACGUGACGAGGCCAUGGGCAAUCUUCCCAAAGCGAUGGACGACCUCUAUGGACUCGUGAACAAGACCGGUCGCUUUACUGACUUGGACGAAUAUCGCAAAAGGCUGCUCAAGGAUAUGUCGAAGAAGACACAGGAGUGCGCUGAGUUCAUCCAGGACGAGGCUCGUUUCACGAAUUUCUGGAUCCGAACGGGAAGCAAUGUCAUAUCGGGUUCACGCGUAGACGAGAAAGUACGCGAAUUCACAGAGGCUUUCGUGGACCUUCGCAGGCGAUUUACCGAAGGGGGGAUGCUUGAAACUGAGAUCCGCGUGGCGAAUCUCGCAGACCUGAGCAUAACCAACAACUUGCCCUAUGUUCGCGGUGCAGGACUCGAUUCAGGCAGAGCUUGUCUCGAGGGUACGCGCGUGAAGACGUUGGGUGUGCUCCGAGAGUGGGUCAACAAUCCCAAGUCCGAUGCCCCCCGAGUUCUCUUCCUUCUCGGCGGUGCCGGAACCGGGAAGUCUUCCGUCGCCCAUUCCAUUGGCGUAUACUUGGGGACUCGUCGUCGCCUUGGCUCAUUCUUUGGCUUCAACCGUGCCUUCCAAGCGGACCGUCCUCUGACCUCAGUAUUCAGCACGAUCGCGCACGAUCUCGCGAACUGGAAUUCUGACUUCCGAUGUGCACUCGCCGCCGUCCUCCAUGAUGAGGGCCAUCUCAUAGGGUCAGUCGACAUCGCUAAGCAGUGGGAGGGGCUUAUUCUCAAGCCACUCAAGACCGUUACCUUAGUGCGGCCGGUACUUCUUGUCAUCGACGCGUUCGAUGAAAGUAGCUCCGCGGACGCGCCCGAGCGUCGUCUACUACUGAAGCAUCUCACGGAGGGUUCUGGAAAACUUCCUCCCAACUUCCGCAUCCUCAUUACAUCCCGUCCCGAGCACGAUGUCAUGCGCGUCGUGGGUCGCUCAAAUGACGAUCACCUGCGCUUGAGCCAUAUGAUCCUUGACGACAACAAGGACGAGGCGAUGCCCGACAUCGAGUGCUACGUGCGCCACACACUUGCUCCAGACGAUCCGGAAUUCGAGGAACCCCUAGACAGUACGGACGUUCGAGAGCUGGCUGCCAAGGCGGAGGGUCUGUUCCAAUGGGCGGCAACGGCUUGCCGGGCUAUCCUUCAGAAGCCAGCCGGUCGCCCCUUGAAGCGACGGUUCGAUUUGUUUAUGAUCGCAGUGUCGCAAGGUGGUGUUUCUUCCCUCGAUGGCCUCUACCGAACAAUUCUGGAGGACCUCUUCGCGUCGGACGACCAAUAUCUCAUGGAACAGUUUCGUUCCGUGAUGGCCCAGAUGCUCUGCGCCUCCUCUCCGCUGUCGGUCGAAUCCCUCGCGGAGAUAUGUCGUCUCGCGACCGGUGCACAGGAGGACGAGGUCAACGUCCUUGUGAAGGACAUGGGCUCCCUUCUCUCGGGGAUAUAUAUCAAGAAAUCCCCCAUCCGUCCGCACCACACGUCGUUCCGCGACUUCUUGACCGACAAGGGUAGAAGUAAGGAAUGGUUCGUCGACUUGGCGGCAGGGCAUCCUGUCAUGGCGCUUGGUUGCUUCCGCGUCAUGAAUAAUCGACUGUCCUUCAACAUCUGCCGUUUGAAGACGUCCCACACCCUCAACCGUGACAUUGCUGAUCUAGAAGCUCGCCUCUCCAUCUCCGUCCCUCAAAGUCUGUCCUACGCGGCAUGCAACUGGAAGGACCACCUCGCUACCACCCAUCCACCUGACCUGCAACAAGAACUGAGCAGGUUCUUGCGAGACAAGCUUCUCUUCUGGUUCGAAUUGCUCAGUCUCCUCAAGUCUAUCAAUCGCGCCGCCCCUUCCUUGGAAGCAGCACUCAAGGGCUAUGACGACGCCGAAAGCGAUUCAUCGAAGGAGCUAUUACUUGAUGCGAUCUCCUUCAUCCGACGGUUUGCCAAUGCCAUAGCCCAGUCCGCUCCUCAUGUCUACAUGUCAGCUCUGCCUUUCUCUCCAGCUUUCUCUAGGGUCCGGACCAAUUAUCUUCCACGUUUCCCCUUUCUUCCUUUCGUCGAUCGCGUUCGUAACGGUUGGCCACAGGAUCAGGCAAUCCUCUCGAGGCACACAGCCGCCAUCCGUUCCGUGGCUUACUCCCCUGAUGGUCGGCGCAUUGUGUCAGGAUCGGCGGACACGACACUGCGAGCAUGGGAUGCGGAGACAGGCGAAGCUAUCUGUGAGCUGUCUUGUGGCUGCCAGGUUCUUGGGCUUGCUUUCUCGCCAGAUGGCCGUCACGUCGCUGCAGCGCUCUCUGAUUCCACGGUGAGGAUAUGGGACCCCAUGACAGGGGAGGUUGUUGGUGAACCUCUACGGGGCCAUCCGCGUUCAGUAUGGUGUGUCGCGUACUCUCCAGAUGGACUUCGCCUUGUGUCUGGCGAUGAUGACGGUCGUAUUUGUGUUUGGUUGACGCAAACGCUCGGGAUGGCUAAUCAGUCUAUCCAUGACCAUGCAUCCUGCGUUCGCUGUGUCGCCUUCUCUCCGAAUAGUCAAUACAUCGCGUCGGGAUCCCAUGAUCACGUAGUGCGGGUCUGGGACACCAUAGAAGGACAAGCUGUGGGGAAGCCCUUCGUAGGCCAUACGGAUCGGGUCACUUCUGUCCUAUUCUCCGUGGACGGUCUUCGGAUUGUGUCCGGGUCGCGGGACUCGACAAUCCGGAUCUGGGACUUUGAGACACAACAGAUGGGGCCAUUUGUUGGGCACAGCGACGCCGUAGAGGCUGUUAGCUUUUCACCUGACGGUCACCACGUCGUGUCCGGCUCGCCCGAUGGGACGAUACGGAUAUGGUCCGUAGAUGAGAGCAUGAGCGUGGAAAGCCCUGGUGAUGUCUCUUCUGAGUGGCCAGAUUCUGCCCUCACGAGCUCCGUGACCUCACUCGCGUACUCACCUGACGGACGCCGGAUUAUAUCGGGCUCUGAAGAUGGCACCAUCAACGUGUGGGAUGCGGACGCUGGUAAAUCCAUCGGUGGGCAUCUGAAGGGUCAUUCCGACUUCAUAACUCGCGUCAGGUUCUCUCCAGAUGGCACUCGCUUUGUUUCCGCCUCAUUGGAUUCCACCCUUUGUGUAUGGGACUCGACUACGCUCCGACCGCUCGGAGAGCUACAUGGCAAUACGGGCUGGAUAUGUGACGUUGAUUACUCCCCAGACGGCCGCCGGAUUGUCUCGUGUGACCGCAUUAUUCGCAUAUGGGAUGCCGAGACAUACGAGUGUCUCGUCAGGGCUUUGGUCGAGCAUGAAGGUUAUGUCAACUGCAUCGCUUGGUCACCGGAUUGCAAGCGCAUCGCAUCCGGCUCGGACGAUGGGAUAGUGCAGGUGUGGGAUGCGGAGACGGGGCGCGCUGUUGGCGAGCCUUUCAGCGGCCACGAAGGCUGCGUCAACUCUGUUUCGUGGUCUAAGGACGGCCGGCAUGUGAUGUCAUCUGGCAGGGAUGGCACGAUCAGAUUCUGGAAUUUGGAGAGAUGGGCACCAGCAGGCGAGCCUUUACACGGCCACACAGGCCAUGUUCACCAUUCGACAUAUCCUCCGGACAAACAACGGAUCGUGUCUUGGGGCGAGGACCGGACGAUACGGAUGUGGGACGCA